CAGGUGACUGGGCCAUGUGACUAGAAAAGCUUUAAAAAGCAGGCCAACCUGUCCUGUCGAGGUAUGAGUAAUCACAAGGCACCGGAGGAGUCAGAGGAGGAGAAUACCUGGGCUGUCGGCACAGCAGCAAACACCGACAGCCCCACUAAACAAGCCGAGCAGCGCCCAGGGAACUUCGCCGUGUCAAGUCGUCUGCAAACACAGCGUUCCAGGCAGGAAGCUUCUACUCGCGCUCGUCCAGCGUCCAGGGUAUUGGCACAAUGAGCUGCAGCAGUGUUGCAGAAUCAGAGUUCUCGGAGGAAGAGCUGGAGCUGGGCGCGCUGGACCGAGGCGAGGACGACGGAAGUCCCAAGGCAUCCUUCGAAGACAGCGAGAGCUCAACCAGCACCCCGAGCGACCCCGAGGAAGGCCAGACCAAGAAGCGCAAUCGACCCGUCCGCUCAAAAGCUCGAAGGAUGGCCGCCAACGUCCGGGAGCGGAAACGCAUCAUGGACUACAACCAGGCCUUCAAUGCCCUGCGCGUUACCCUGAACCAUGACCUCAGCGGCAAACGGCUCUCCAAGAUCGCCACGCUGCAGAGGGCCAUCAACCGCAUCUCUGCUCUCUCAGUGUUCCUGAGCUCCAACCCCCCCGGCAAGCCCUGCACCCACCGGGAGUGCAACAGGUCAUCGGUGGGGCCAGCUGCGGUGGGAGCGUCUCGACUCGAGCAGCCCAGGGUCACGCUUCCUCGCAUGGAGCAUCAGAGCUACGUCCCCUGGCACGCGUCCAUCUCUCACCAGAUGCAGCCACAACAAGGGCCUCAUGUGCACCGGCUGCCCACGGAGCCACACGUCUACAUGGAUAACACCGCGUCAUCAUGCCCCCCGUCGCCACACUACCCUUGUUAUCCCACUGAGGGACAGCUUUACGCCUCGUACGGACACUGCGGCAGCCCCCACGACCAUCCGCCCAGCCCCCUGCGAUACCCUCAGGUGGGUGAGGGGUUGGGCUACCAGCCGGGGAUGUGGGCCCCCUGCAAUCAGAAAUACAUGGACCCUUUCGUGGAGCCUUCUCCAGCUCUGGGGCUUCCCUGGCAGGUGAGCUACCUGCAGGAGCCGGAGCACAGCCUCUGUCUGGGCUCUGACAUACUGUAA